UAUUACUACCUCAAUAUUCUUCCAUCUCAGGUUGGUUGGGUUACAGAAAGUCAUGGCGGCAGAGCCAACCGCUGGGGCAUUUCUUUCGUCUUUCUUUCAAUUUACUUUCGAGAGGUUAGCCUCUCGUGAUUUCCUCCGUGGAAGCAAACAUGGUGGGGUGCUGAAGAAACUCGAGAUCACAGUAAAUUCUAUCAACCAAGUGCUGGAUGAUGCAGAGAAAAAGCAGUACCAAAACCCACGGGUGAAGAUGUGGCUUGAUGAACUUAAACAUGUUGCUUAUGAGACAGACCAACUGUUAGAUGAGAUUGCUACUGAUGCUACGCUGAAGAAGCUCAAGGCUAAAUCUCACCCAGCUACCAGCAAGGUACGAGGCUUCUUUUCAGCCUUUACUAGUAAUCCAUUUGAAUCCAGGAUCAAAGAGUUGCUAGAGAACUUUGAAUUUCUUGCAAAGCAAAAAGAAACGCUAGGGUUGAGAGAAGUCACUUUUGCUAGCAAUGAAGGUGACUUUCGUGGGAAUCUCUCAAAAAGACUGCCCACCACAUCUUUGUUGGAUCUUUCUAACAGCAUAGAUGGUAGAGAUGGCGAAAAGGAGCAAGUAAUCAAUUUUUUACUUUCAGACCAUGUCAGUGGCAAUCAAGUUCCCGUGAUUAGCAUAUUGGGUAUCGGUGGAAUGGGUAAGACCACCCUUGCUCAGCUUGUGUACAAUGACCAAAGGUUGCAGGAGCAGUUUGAACUCAAAGCUUGGGUCUAUGUUUCAGAACAUUUUGAUGCUUUUGGAGUUACAAAGGCAAUUCUGAAGUCAUUUCAACUUUCAGCAAAUGCUGAAGACUUGAAUUCACUCCAACUAGAAUUGCAAAAUAAACUAAUGGGCAAGAAGUAUUUUCUUGUUCUUGACGAUGUCUGGAACGAGGAUUGGGCAAGUUGGGAGGUCCUAAAAGUUCCCCUUAAUUAUGGAUCAUCCGGAAGUCGGAUUCUUACCACAACAUGUGAUAAGAAGGUAGCAACAGUCUUGAAAUCCACCCACCUGCUUCCUUUAAAGGAAUUGGGGGAAAAUGAUUGUUGGAGUUUAUUCGUGAGACAUGCUUUUCAGGAUAAGGAUGUAAAUGAAUAUCCAAAUCUUGAAUCAAUUGGCAGGAAAAUUGUACAGAAGUGUGGAGGGUUGCCUUUAGCUGUAAAAGCAUUGGGGAAUCUACUGCAAAUAAGAUUCUCUAAACGUGAAUGGGUUAAGAUAUUGGAGACUGAUAUGUGGCAUUUUUCAGUUGACAAUGACAUCAACCUGGCACUGAGGUUGAGUUAUCAUAUUCUUCCUUCCAAUCUAAAGCGUUGUUUUGCUUAUUGUUCCAUGUUUCCCAAAGGUUAUGAGUUUGAAAAGGAUGAAUUAAUCAAGAUUUGGAUUGCAGAAGGUUUGCUGAAAUGCUGCGGAAGAGAUAAAAGUGAAGAAGAGCUGGGAGAUGAAUUCUUCAAUCAUCUAGUGUCAAUUUCAUUUUUCCAACAAUCAGGAGACAUAUAUGAAAUGGGUUACUUUGUCAUGCAUGAUCUUGAAGGUGAUAGGGUGCAAGAUAUCCCUGAAAAGACACUUCACAUUUGGUGGUUCUCUGAUGAAACAAAAGAUGGUGAUAAAAUAUUAGAGCACAUUCACAAGUGUAAGGGGUUACGCAGUCUUCUAAUGAUGGCAAGAAUAUGGAAAGGAGGUGACCAAGGCUUCAAAAUAUGCAACAAUGUACAACAUGUUAUGUUUUCUACACUAAUAUAUUUGCGGGUGUUAUCAUUCAGAGAUUGUUAUAUCUCGGAGCUAGCUGAUGAGAUAAGCAAUUUGAAGCUUUUGCGCUACCUAGAACUUUCUUUCACAGACAUUAGAAGGUUACCUGCCUUGAUUUGUAUGUUGCAUAAUUUGCAGACACUGAAAUUGGAUCGUUGUGGUUAUUUGACUGAGCUCCCAUCAGAUUUUUACAAACUAGUCAAUUUACAUCAUCUUCAUCUGGAAGCCACACCAAUAGAGAAGAUGCCAAAACAUAUAGGAAGGCUAAUCCAUCUUCAGACGCUGACUAAAUUUGUUGUGGGAGAGCACAGUGGAUCUGAUAUUAAGGAGUUGGCGAAACUGAACCAUCUUCAAGGAAAACUUGAGAUUUCUGGGUUGGGAAAUGUCACUGAUGCUGCAGAUGCAGCGGAAGCCAAUUUGAAAGAUAAGAAACAUUUAGAAGAAUUAUUGUUGACUUUCCAUGACAAAAGCCGAUCAACAAGUGGAGAAAACGAUGAGUCAAUAAUUGAAAGGUGUGUCUUGGUCUUGGAGGCGCUUCAACCUGAUAGCAACCUGAAUACCCUCACUAUCUAUAAUUACCGUGACACCAGUUUUCCAGAUUGGCUUGGGGAUCGUCAUUUGUCCAAUUUAGUAUCCAUGAAACUUGUUGGAUGUCGAUUCUGUUCAUGUUUGCCACCACUUGGGCAGCUCCCCUCUCUCAAGAAGCUUUUUAUUUCAGAAUUUGAUGAAAUAGAGAUCAUUGGUAGGGAGUUUUACGGUGAUAAUUCAUCAAAUGUUCCAUUCAGGUCUCUUACAAUCUUGCAAUUUGAGAAUAUGUACAGAUGGAAGGAAUGGUUCUGUUUGGAAGAUGGUGAAGGUUUCCCAUUUCUUAAAGAGCUUUCCAUGACAAAUUGUCCCAAGUUGAAAAAAGCCCUGCCUCUACACCUUCCUUCUUUGCAAAAAUUAGAUAUUUCUUAUUGCCAAGAGUUGGAGGCUUCACUUCCCAAGGCUCCUAAUAUUGGGAAGCUAGAGCUAUGGACAUGUGGAACUCGGGUCGUUGAGUCCUCCUUGGAGCAAAUUCUAUUAAACAAUACCUUUUUUGAAGUGUUGGAGUUUAGAGAAACUCUAGAAAGCUCCGCUUUGUAUUUGAGCUACAUUCCUCUUCCCACUCUACGCUUUACAAGGGCGUACUUUUCCUCCUCGUGGCCUUUCUCACUGGACAUGUUCACCAAUCUUCAUUCUCUGAAAUUGGAUAAUUGUCCACAACUGGAAUCGUUUCCUAAGGGAGGUUUGCCUUCCAGCCUGAGCAGCCUCGAUAUACGGAGUUGCCCCAAACUGAUUGCUUCGAGAGAGGAGUUGGGUUUGUCCAAACUUCAUUCUCUGAAAGAACUCAUUGUUAGUGAUGACUUUGAAAACGUGGAGUCCUUCCCGGAGGAGAAUCUGCUGCCACCCAAUAUUAACCUGCUCCGAUUGGUCAAUUGUUCAAAGCUAAGAAUAAUUAACUACAGAGGAUUUUUCCAUCUCAAAUCUCUCAAAUUCUUAUCUAUUGGGAAAUGCCCUUGUGUUGAGUACUUGCCAGAGGAGGGUCUACCCAACUCCCUUUCUACAUUGUGGAUUCUUCGUUGUCCAAUACUUAAGGAGCGCUAUGGGAAGGAGGAAGGAGAGCAUUGGCAUAAAAUUCGUCACAUCCCUCGUGUGGAAUUUCGCUACUGCUGAAAGAGAUGUUAGGACAUGCAGUGGUGAUCUUGAACCUCAAGGUUGCUUGAGGUUCUGCAUAUUGAAAGACUAGAAGUGGAAUCCAAACACAAUGCUUGAUAUUGCGAACUUUGAGGCCCAUGUCGUGGUUUUUGUGCCUUCGGAGACUGAGCAUUCUGAGUUGUGGAAGCUGUCCAUUUCCCUUUAUCCAAUCUCCACUCUGUUAUAUAUUAACCUUUCCAUUUGACACUCACUCACUCUGCAAUUGUUGAUGUUUGCAAGCAACAACCUAAACGGUCACUCUGCUAAACUCUCUCUUUCUAUUGAUACAGGUACUGAUUAAGAUCGUCCUGAUGUUAGUCUAAUUGGCUGACAAGUUCUAAUGGCUUUGGUAUUUGGUAUUCGGAAGAAGUUCUACUCUGAACCCAAAUGCACCUCUCUUCAUACCUGCUGCCCUUCGCCGGGUG